AUGACGCAGCGCCGCGUCGAUCGAAGCGUCGCCACUCACCUGCCAGGCCUUCUGCGGGCGCGGGAGACGACGCAGGUCGAGGCUCGCUGGACGGACAUCGUCGAUGUGAUCGGAUACGGCAAGGGCCUGCCUAUCCCGCCGACGUACGUCGACGAGGCGCGCGUGCCUCCUGGCAUCUGGCACAGCCUGAGCGACAUCCUUGCCGACUGCAGCCGGACGGCGAACCUGCUCAACAUCUGCACGAAGGUUUUUAACGAUCGCCAGGUCUAUCCCGAUGAUGCCGAGUGCGGGCCCGGAUUCGGCGGUCCCAAGAACGUCGUCAUCUUCACCAAGUGGCCUGUUCUGGCCUAUCUGGUCCAGCUGUGGUUCGAGAGGAGGGGAUACGACAGAUUCCACGCAGCGCUCGUCCACAGCGGCGUGCCGGGGGAACAACGCCAGAAGAUCACCGACUGUUUCUGGGAGUUCAACGAGCCACGCGCCGGGGCCAGCGGCGAGUACGAGCCCAAGCGACGCACCAAGGUGUUCAUCACCACAUACGCAGUCAGCGACACCAGCCUCGACGCGCUCAAGGUGGCCAACUACUGUGUCCACUUUGGCGUGAUGAAGAACGUCAACGAGGAGAGGCAGGCGACCAGCCGGAUCGAUUGA